CUGUGUUGCCAGUAUAUGGCUGGCAUCUUAUAAUUAGCAUCAACGGCGUUUCAGGGUUGGUUUUCAAAGGGUAUGAAAAUAGGAUAUAGACGGUGUGCCAAUAAUUGCAUAUUUCCUUUCGAUAUUUUAUGAUGGAAUGCCCUGGGAUUUGGAUGCAUAAUCAGUAGCAGCAUUGGUUUUAGCAUGGCGCAGGCACAGGUUGUCUGCGGUCUGGGAAUCGAAGCCAAUCUAUCCAACGGGGAAUUGUCACUGCAUGACUACCGUAAGUUCCUCUCGCGAUCAGACGACGUCAUCGCAAUGCCCUGCGAGCUCCCACGACGAAGGCUCAAGAGGAAGCCUGCCACGAUCAACCUGAACCAGGCACAACACUACAGCCAGCAGACACCGCAACAGCAAAAUCAACCAUGUCCAAAUCAAGAAGUUAGUUUUCCGUUUCAAUCCCCAGUCUCUUCCGCCCCAUCAAGUCCUCCGCCACUCUCGUUUUGCCAGUCGGUCGUUACGCUGCAUGGGGAUUUGCCUACUCCAAUAUCCCCAUUAUCAGUAUCAUCCACUCUUCGUCCAUUUUCUAGACCAUCCUCAUCUUCCAGGGCAUCGGCAUCACGUCGAAUUGAAUCAUUCUCGACCAGGCUCAAACAGCCCCAAGCAGAACAAACGCGGUCUUCUACUCACCAUCGAGCUUCUUCUGACUCGGUACUUCUUGGUAUUGACACCUCAAAUCCCACUGUAAAGCACAACGGCGCAUUCUUCGAAAUCCUUAACCCUCGCAAAUCGUUUGAAGGAUCGAGAAUUAUACCGCCGUCACUUCGCUCUUCAGCCCAUUCUGGGGUCGCCAUGGACCAGGAGGACCCUGACCCCCAUCCACCGUAUAUGGCGAAACAGCUACCGCCAUUGCUGUUGGAUGAUAUGGCUCGUCCGAUAUCAGCGUCUGAAAGCGCCAUUCUCUCGAGAACUCCAGUGACGCCUCCCAUGCAGAAUUUACAUCUCCCCGCUGAUGAUGAGAAUCCGUUCGCUGCUUUGCCUGCUGUGAAAGAAAAAGUACGCGUCUCAUCCAGACCAGCGACACCUGGGCUACCAAAAACACCUACACAUACUAUACGACAAAAAGUUUCUCGUUUCUUCGGCUCUACUGAGAAAGAGAAGAAAAAUAGUGGCCCCGAAAAAAGUGAGAACAAGUUUCGCGAUGUUCUUUCACCAAAUACAUCGAUCGAGAAAGGUAGCAGCUUGGGCAUCCCAAGUCCUCAGGCGGAUUCGGAUGAGUUUUCGAUCGCCGAGAAUAGCAAAAUUCUAUAUAAUGAGCAAAUCGACGGGCACAGAAAAGGCUUGGACCCAAAAUCCGUUUCCCCUUUGCUAAUUGACACUUCUGAAUACUAUUUCGGGGAUGAGGGGUUUCUGACAAUGACUGACAAGUAUGGACAUAGCCUUCAAGAAGAGAACUUUCACUUGAUGUCAGGCGGUCUUCGUAACAUGUCUUCGGUCGACUCGGAUGUAAGCGAUUUCAAUAUGCCUGUCACCCAUUGGGAUGAUCAAAAGGCUGCACAACAGCUGCUCCCAGAUGUAGUUGGUGAUGAAACACCAACUGAUGAAUCUCCAAAUACAGCCCCCUGGCGCCGUCCGAUAUACGGCACUCAUUCUGCUAACCGGCAUCACACUUUACACGACGCACUCCGCCAACUGAACACCAGCAACCAUAGCGGUAUCACGUACGAUGACAUCACUAGAUAUCUCCAAUCACAUGGCGAAGACAAAGCAUCAAUUGACUUGCGUGAAACUCAUAGCCUGGAUGAAAAGCCAUGGCAGCCCGAGACAUGGGCCAAGCCUGAAACUUUCCGCACUCGACCGCUGUACAGCCGUGCGUCUGAAGGCGAGCUAUCAGCCAUCGCACCAAGCACAAGACCAUCAAUUCGUCCGUAUGCCCGACAGAUUGCUGCCUUUAUGGAAGGGGGAGAUGUUGACAGCGCUAGCGUUACUACUGUCGACACGGCUGUAACCGACGAGGAGGAAAACGCUGCAGAUACGUGUGAACCCGAAAAGCGGGAAGAAGGGGUCAAAGAUGUGGCCAUGAUGAAACCCCAUCCAGAACCAAAACAAGCCAUGCCGCGAACCAUCUCGUACCGCGCACGCCCCCUAUCGUCGAAUCCGCCUGAUCUCGACACACCCAUAUUCCUCGCAUGGGAAAGAUCAUCGACUUCCUCAUCUACCUCGUCCACGUUCGCCGUUGCAAAGACUCGUCAGAGUAGUGACAGUACUAAGAGUACUAGUAACGCUGAGCCAGUUACAGUCGCAGUCGCAGCGGCCCCGGCCCCCACAGCACUCCUUCGUCCCCAAGACGGCCCGACGACUCGGAACUUGGCUGUCACUCUGGACAGAGAUGGAGAAGCAAUUAGCUGGAGUGUGGAGAUACCCGACCGCGGGAGUCAUCAAUUGCAUCGUGACACGGAAAAGAGACUGCCCAAGUCGCCGCUGCCGUUGCCGGGUGCAACAGCAGGGCCAGUCGCGAGAAAGGGAAGAAUGGCGCGAAAGAUCAAGAAAAAAGAAGGGAGCAAGAAAGCGCCUGGAUGCUGCUGCUCUUAGGGAAAGAGCCCUCUUGGGUCUGCUACUUCCUCGUCAUCCACCUGCUAGUCACAAUCAGGUAAGAGGAAUAUUUGAGCUAAUUGAAGUAUUGCUG